UGGUGUCCUUCCUUGGGGGGGUGGCCCAUCCUGGGGUGAGGUGCUGUGCUUUCCUGUUCGGCAUUUCGAUGAGCAGUGCACGGUGGAACUGAGGUGCAAGUAGACAGUGCGUUAUACGCAGGGAAUUCGCCUUAAGCGAUUGCUGCUGUUGCUGCUGCUGCUCUCCAUGUGGCUGGGUUCGGAAGAUUUGCAUUGCCAUGGCAACACAUUUUCUGCCAGUCCGAACCCUGAGUCGGGUCGCUGCCCGUGGCCUCCUCGGGCGGCCCAGGGUAGUGCUGGGCAUAGAAACCAGCUGCGAUGACACUGCCGCGGCCGUCGUGGACGAAACAGGCGGAGUCUUAGGAGAAGCCUUACACUCUCAGAAAGAAACUCACCUGAAGGCAGGUGGAAUAAUCCCACCAGUAGCACAGAAGCUACACAGAGAGCACCUGGACAGAGUGGUGCAGGAAGCUGUAGAAAAGAGUGGCGUCUCCCUUAAUGAACUAACAGCAAUAGCAACCACUACAAAGCCAGGACUUGCAUUAAGCCUACAAGUAGGCUUAGAGUACAGCUUGAAAUUAAUAGAGCAAUAUAAGAAACCUUUUAUUCCUAUUCAUCAUAUGGAGGCCCAUGCUCUGACCAUUAGAAUGCUGCAGUCAGUGGAAUUUCCCUUCCUGGUCUUGUUGAUCUCUGGUGGUCACAGUUUGCUCGCCAUUGCCCGUGGAGUCGAUGACUUUCUUCUUCUCGGACAGACGAUGGAUGAAGCCCCAGGAGACACAUUUGACAAGGUUGCAAGAAGACUGUCACUGAGAAAUCACCCAGCGUGCUGUACCAUGAGUGGGGGUGAAGCCAUUGAAUACUUGGCCAGAAGUGGGAAUCGAUCGCACAUUGAAUUAACACAGCCUAUGAGGCAUCACCUAGACUGUGACUUUUCCUUCUCUGGUCUGCGCAAUCAUGUCAAUCAAAUAAUUACAAAAAAGGAAAAGGAAGAAGCAGGUAUCCAGGAUGGACAGUUCCUCUCGUGUGCGAAUGACAUUGCUGCUGCUGUUCAACAUACAGUGGCAGUUCACUUGGCAAAGCGUACACAUCGAGCCAUUCUCUUCUGUAAGAAGGAAGACUUCUUGCCUCAAUCAAACCCAACCUUGGUGGUGUCAGGUGGCGUGGCCAGCAAUAAAUACAUCAUAAAAGUUCUGCAGAUAGUAGCUGAAGCAUGUGGGUUCUCACUGAAUUGUCCUCCUCCAAAACUCUGCACAGACAAUGGCAUCAUGAUUGCAUGGAAUGGUAUUGAGCGACUUAGAGCAGGAAUUGGUGUUUUGCAGAAUCCAAAAGCAGUUCGUUAUGAGCCAAAAGCCCCUCUCGGAAUUAGUUUAUCAGAACAAGUCAAGAAAGCAGCAUUGAAAGUCCCUCGUUUGAAACUGAAGAUAUAAUUAAUAAAAUGGGACUCCACUGUGUGGUUGGCUUUUUAAGAAUUAACUCUAAUGAGCCUGAUUUUUUAAUGAAGUGUGUACAAAUUAGAUGCUGCCAAUUAUUAAAAUGUCUCCUGAAGAAGAGGCAGACAGAGGAAAAGAUGGACGGGCAACAUUAAAGAAUGGACAGGGAAAACAUUUGCAGUGACCCAGGCUCUGGCACACAACCGUGACAGAUGGAACAGACUGGUGCAAAGCUUAUCAUGAAAGUACCCCGACAACUCCACCAGGAGUUAAGGGUGCAAGGUCAAGAUCAUAUUAAAAUGUGUACGGUAUAUUUGAAAUGAUAAACAUCUAAUGAGUUUAAUUGAAUGGGUGAAAUUCUGAUCUGAAGGAUCUGCAAAGUUACGACCAUUCAAAAGGAUCAAUGAUGCCAAUCAAAAUCAGAAAAUGUAUGAUCUUUCCAUGGUUUAAUAAAGUAUUUUAAUGCCUUUUCUUUUUUUAUUGGAUUAUAUAAAUCCACUAAUUUGA